UAAUAGUUUCCUUGCAGACCUGGUCCCGUUAGCCGUGCAGCUGUAUUGAACGCGCAGCUGACGCUUCCUCUGGACACCGAGCGCUUCAGACGGAGACGCGGCCGCUGAUUGGAGAAGGCUCAAGAGACUGAAGGAGGAAAUCUGAACAGAGAGCACACACUUGAUCCACAUGGCAGAGCCCAACUUCCCCCCGCUGCCGGGAUUCAUCCCGCUCAAGCCGUGCUUCUACCAGGACUUUGACGAGAUCCCCGAACAGCACCGCAGCAUGUGCAAGAAAAUGUACAACCUGUGGAUAUUGAAUAGCGCUACUCUUGUGGUGAACCUCAUUGGCUGCUUUGCCUGGAUGUUUGGUGGAGGCGGUGUGACCAACUUUGGACUGGCUAUCAUCUGGCUCCUCAUGUUCACUCCCUGCUCUUACGUCUGUUGGUUCAGGCCCAUCUACAAGGCCUUCAAGAGUGACAGCUCCUUCAACUUCAUGCUGUUCUUUUUUGUGUUCAUGGCCCAAGUCGGCAUCAGCAUCAUCCAAAGCAUUGGCAUCCCUGGAUGGGGAGUGUGCGGUUGGUUGGCCACCAUCUCCUUCUUCAGCUAUAAUAUUUUGAUUGCGCUGAUCAUGUUGGUCCCCACUGUCAUGUUCACUGCAGUGGCCUCACUGUCCUUCAUUGCCCUCACCAGGAUCCAUAAUUUCUACCGUGGCAGCGGGGCCAGCAUGUCCAAAGCUCAGGAGGAAUGGACCACUGGAGCCUGGAAGAACCCUCAUGUCCAGGCAGCAGCCCAGCAGGCCGCCAUGGGGGCAGCUGCCGGAGCCAUGCAGGAUCAGUACUCCAGCCCACAGUACAACGACAACCAGAUGUAGCCCCUGCAAGACAGAGGCGCCAAAGAAAUGAUGUGACAGUCAUGCCAAAGCUUGGCCAACAGGGUUAGGAAGAUUUGACCAUUUCCCACAGCAUUGUUGAUUAUUAGGUAAAACAAACUACUUUUGUUUUUUUACAUUUUGGCCAAACCGCUGAUUUCAAAGUAGAAUUGUCAGAGAUUUCAAGCAGUUUCAUCAUUUGGCAAACAAAUAGCCCCGAACAUCUUUGGUAAGCUGGUGUUCACCUUCCUGUAUUAAAGGGCAUGCUGAUUAUUUGUAGAAUUUUAUAUUAUUUCAUAUGUCUUGUUUUUGGUUUGGGAGGUUGAAAUGAAACUAGUUUUGAAUGUGUUACUUUAGUGGCUCCAUGUGAGCUGUGUGCUAAUGUGCUCUAGCAGUUCUAGCAGUUUUUACAAAAGAAAGCAAAAAGAUGUUUUUUUCUUCAAAAAUACAAACAUUGAUGUUUAUUUGUGGUGGAAAUUAAAUUAUUUAGUGUUGUCAUAUUUAAAGGGACAGUUCACCCCAAAAUCAAAAAUACAUUUUUUUUGCCUCUUACCUGUAGAGCUUUUUACACAGCUCUGGAGACACUGGCUGUACAGAUGUCCAUCUUCACUCAUAUAUAAUGGAACUAAAUGCGCGCUACGCUCUGCACAGUGAUACAGUUUGGCAGGUGUAGUUUGGUAGAAAGAAAAUAGCUCCAACAUGAGACUGCUCACAACAGGGUUGGUGGAUUUUCUUAUGUAAUGGGGUCAUGAUUUCUGAGAGGAGACAUUGCUGUUGAGUUUUUCAAAUGUAUUUUUAUUUUGUUUGGCCAUCUAGUUCCAUUAUAUGUCAGAGAAUGCAGACAUGCCUAAAGUUGAUAUCUCCAGAAUUCAGCAACUCACAUCAAAACAAUCUAGACAGAUAAACAGCAGAUAAACAGGUAAGAGAAAAAAAUGUAUUUUUGAUUUUUCGGUGAACUGUCCCUUUAAUUUAUUUACAAGUGCACCACUAGAAUGAUGAAUUGGUUCAGUAAAGGUUACUUUAGUUUUUCCUGUGUUUAAAAUUUAUUUAAAGUUAAACCAAAGAUCAAAUGUAAUAUUGUAACCUCAUUUCAAACCAUGCUAUGUUAUGUGACCUCAGCAGAACGUCAUCAUAUUGUUAUUGGCUGAUUGCGCUGCGAAAUGAAAGAAUGUUGUAGCUGCUGUUGAAAGGAAGUCUGUCAGCAAUACAAUAAGAAACACUUAUUAAAAUACUUCAGCUGGAUUUGAAUAGAAACAGAAAAUGUAAACUUACUUGAAGCCGACUCUUCGAUGCACUCAAAACCUCCUCUUGACACGUCUACCUUACGCUGAAAACAUCAGAUUUACAUCACAGAAAAAAUUUGUCAGUGUUAAUGGUUCUAUGUAAUUUCUAUGCAAAAAAACAAGUGAGGAUGUGACCCAUGUGCUGUACUCAACUCUAGUUUUUCAGACAUGUGACAGUUUUGCACUGAAUGUCAGUUUAGCACGUGCUGUUGUACAAACUGCUUUGUCAAUGCAGUGUGUUUA